AGCCAGCAGAGCCACUACCCUACACUACGAAGCUUUCCUUUCCCUUCCUUUGUCCAAAACAAAAACAUCACAGAGCUCAGAAUCAAUGGGGAAAGGGAAGAGAAACAGCAUGAUGGGGCAAAGGCAACACCUUCUUCUUCUCAUCUUCUCACUUGUUCUCCUCUUCCAAACCUCAAAUGCCCACAACAUUACACGUUUACUAGCAAAGCACCCAUCUUUAUCGACAUUCAACCAUUACCUCACACUCACGCACUUAGCUCAGGAGAUCAACCGCCGCACCACCAUCACGGUCCUCGCCUUGGACAACGCCUCCAUGUCUUCCCUCUUAGCCAAAAACCCUUCCAUUUUCACCGUCAAAAACAUCCUUUCCCUCCAUGUCCUCCUCGACUACUUCGGUGCCAAGAAGCUUCACCAAAUAAGGGAUGGCACUGCACUGGCCGCCACUAUGUUCCAAGCCACUGGCGUGGCUCCUGGGGUUUCUGGGUUUGUUAAUAUAACCGAUUUUAAAGGUGGGAAAGUUGGUUUUGGACCUGAAGACAAUGAUGGGAAUCUGAAUUCUUUUUUUGUUAAAUCCGUGGAGGAGCUUCCUUAUAAUAUAUCUGUGGUUCAGAUCAGCAAGGCUUUGCCUUCUGCGGUAGCUGAGGCUCCUACUCCAGGGCCGAGUGAGCUGAAUAUCACUGGCAUUAUGUCUUCGCAUGGAUGUAAAGUGUUUGCUGAUACUCUUUUGGAAAAUCAUGAAGCCAUGGGAACUUAUGAGGAUAAUGUUAAUGGAGGAUUGACUGUGUUCUGCCCUCUGGACGAUCCAUUCAAAGCCUUUUUACCCAAGUACAAGAACUUGACAGCUUCUAAGAAAGCAUCGUUCCUCGAAUUCUUUGGUGUGCCUGUGUACCAAUCUCUUUCCAUGUUGAAAUCCAACAACGGACUCAUGAACACAUUAGCUACUGACGGAGCCAGCAAGUUCGAUUUCACCGUGCAAAACGAGGGUGAAGAGGUGACUCUAAAGACCAGGAUCAACACCGUCAAAAUAACAGGGACUCUGCUCGACGAGCAGCCGGUAGCAAUUUACACGAUCGAUAAAGUCUUGAUGCCUAAAGAGUUGUUCAAGGCAUCGGCCCUUAGCACAGCACCGGCCCCUGCCCCAGAGGAGGCAGCAGAUGCACCAAAGGGAUCCAAAUCCAAAUCAAAGGCCAAGUCGAAGUCGAAGGCCAAGGCGGCACCGACACCGGAUUCAGACUCACCAGCCGAGUCACCAGACGAGGACCCUGCUGAUCAGUUAGCUGAUGAUGAGAGUGGUGGUAUGUUUUGGAGGGCUGACAGGUUGGCUGCUUUUGUAUUGAGCUUGUUCUUAGUGUUUUUCUUGCUGUGAGUCUUGUAGUUUAGUUAGUGAUGCCUUUAUGGUCUAACUUAUCACUUGUUUUCAGCGUGGUUACUUUUUCUUUUUUCAGUGUGUGAUUUGAGUAUUUUUGUGUUGAGUAAAUGCAAAUUGUGAUGUUAGUUGAGAGCAAUUAAGCUUGGGCGUACGCUUUGAUUA